UUCAGUUUCGGGGUGGUUUUGACGUUAGCCUCUUUCCCUUCCGAUAUUCUCUUUACAUCCUAGAAGAUUUUCUCAGCAUUCUGGGUGGGGGCUGAGACAAGCCUUAAAGUUUUCACCAAAAACACUCCCUUGGAUACUCUAAAAUUCUUAACGCGAGAUUUUACAGGAAAAUUCUUUGGGCUUUCAAAAAACAAGAUCAAUGUACAAAGUUCUCGCUCUUUUGGCAUAAAUUUCAAAGGAUGGAGUAGAUUACCAAGUUUUGUUGCACUUAAAAUUUUUUUCGCACAAUCCUCGAAUUAAUUAUACCUUGUUCUAAACAAGGCUGGCGUUUAUUCUGUGGCCGCAUUUAUAUAGUCUGAAACUCUCUCAUUUUUUUCCUCGUUCAAAAUUGCGCUUUCGUUGCUGAAACUUCGCCGUGCUGGAUACAAUUUGCAGAAUACCAAACAAAGGAUGUCUAUUUACAUGCCGUUAUAAAAUUCUAUCGAAAGUAUAAUACUGAUCUACACUUAAGCUGUCAUUUUGAAGACGAACCUGUAGCGUGAUCCGUACCUUAAUAUAUGACGCGAUCCCUUCGAUGUAUUUGAACGAAAGGAAGUAGGAAAAUGUUUUCCCCGAUGUUUAUGCAUCCUAAGUAAUAGAACAACGAAACAUCGUCGGUGUAAUCUCAAAUAAAAACCGUCUAGACCAUCUACAAUCAGUUUCAAGAGAGGGAAAUGCAAACGAGGCAGAUUAAAACAGCGAAUAGUAGCGAGCCACGCCCACCUCCAACCGCCCUUUUCCAAGAGGGUCAAAUUGCCAACGUUCUUUAUGAGCUCGCCAACCACUUUGAGUGGAUAAUACCUUAGUGACAAACCCAGAGUUGUCAUAACAAAAUUUCACAAGUUUUGCGCUCAAACUUAAACAUUGUCACCCAAAAUUCUAUCUGGUGGAGAAUUAGGCAACAUUACUCGUUUGUAAUAUCCUCACUUCCCGUAUUCGUUUCUUCGUUUACCCAAGAUUACACCGUGUUUCAAUUGAACAAGAAGUAGCUUCGCAGGAGAAAGCUCACACCACAUUUUCUUGGCUAAAAGCAAGUCACUCAUCGAGUGCUCAUCACACGCGAAAUGGCCAAGAAACCAAGAUUCCCUGAGUUUGCCAUUUUUUUCUUGGCGCUGAUGUGCUUGGGAUCUCUAAAUCUUUGCGAAGCUGAUUGUGAUACUAACCCUUGCCAGAACGGCGGAACCUGUUCACCGGGUGGAGAUAACAAUACUUACACCUGUGUCUGUGCCGCUGGCUACAACGGUACAAACUGCAUAACAGAUAUCGAUGAUUGUCAUCCCGAUCCUUGCAAAAACGGUGCAACUUGUACCGAUGAAGUCAAUGACUAUACUUGUACCUGUAUGGCUGGCUACGAUGGCAAGAACUGUUCUCAAAAUAUUGACGACUGUGACCCUGCUCCUUGUAAAAAUGGUGCAACUUGUAACGAUGAAUUGAAUGACUAUACUUGUACCUGUAUGGCUGGAUACGGUGGCAAGAACUGUACUGAAAAUAUCGAUGAUUGUAAUCCUAAUCCUUGCGAAAACGGUGCUACAUGUACUGAUGAAGUAAAUGACUAUACUUGUACCUGUAUGCCUGGCUACGAUGGCAAGAACUGUUCCCAAAAUAUCGAUGAUUGUCAUCCCGAUCCUUGCAAAAACGGUGCAACUUGUACCGAUGAAGUCAAUGACUAUACUUGUACCUGUAUGGCUGGCUACGAUGGCAAGAACUGUUCUCAAAAUAUCGAUGACUGUCACUCUGAUCCUUGCGAAAACGGUGCAACUUGUUCCGAUAAAGUAAAUGAUUGUACUUGUACCUGUGUUGCUGGCUACGAUGGUAAGAACUGUUCCCAAAAUAUCAAUGAAUGUUACCCUGAUCCUUGCAAGAAUGGUGCAACAUGUAGCGAUGGAGUUAAUGACUAUGCCUGCAACUGUAUGGCUGGCUACGAUGGCAAGGACUGCGACCAAAAUAUCGAUGACUGUGACCCUAAUCCUUGCAAAAACGGAGCAACUUGUAUCGAUAGAGUAAAUGACUAUAACUGCACUUGUGUCGCUGGCUACGAUGGCAAGAACUGUACGCAAGAUAUCGACGACUGCGAAUCUCAUCCAUGUCAAAACAAUGGAACCUGUACUGAUGCACUGAAUGACUAUACCUGUACUUGCAAUGCUUCCUUCGAGGGGGAGAACUGCGAGCAAGCUUUUGUUGAUGACUGUGAUCCCAAUCCUUGUGAAAACGAUGGAAACUGUACUGAUGCUUUCAAUGACUUCUCCUGUGAAUGCGAACCUGCCUUCGAAGGAAAAAUCUGCAAUGAAAGUUUUGUAGAUGACUGUGCUUCUGGUCCGUGCAAAAACGGUGCAAACUGUUCUGAUGCAUUUAAUGACUAUAUCUGUACCUGUGACGCUGGCUACGGCGGGAAGGACUGCGACCAGAAUAUCGAUGACUGUGACCCGAAUCCAUGCGAAAAUGGAGGAACCUGUACAGAUGAGUUAAAUGAUUACAACUGUACCUGUGUGCCUGGUUACAAUGGAAAAGACUGCGAAAACAAUGUGAAUGAAUGCGCCUCCAGCCCUUGCCAAAACAACGGGACCUGUACAGAUCUUAUAAAUGACUAUACCUGUAACUGUACAGUCGGAUUUAUUGGGAAAAACUGCGACAUCGUUGAUCCUUGCUAUAAUACCAAUCCAUGUGAAAACGACGGGCAGUGUUUUGUGGAUGAUAACCACAAGUUCUUCUGUGUCUGUCCAAUUCCUAAAGCCUACGAAGGGAGAAAUUGCAGUAAACCAGGUAAGAAAUGA